CUUAUCCAAGCCGCGCCAAGGAGAACUCCGAAGGGCGUCGCGCAAGAACGACGAGAAAAGAAAAUGCCGAGAAAGGAAACAGCGAAGCCACGGCACGGCCACUGAUUGGGCAGCUGAUUGCCGAGAAAAGUUCAAACCUCGCCCCGCGGGCAGUGGCGUCCUUUCGGGUUCCUUCGCGACCAAGUCUGGCAACUUUAUUACGCGUUUGAUCUCCCGUCAUCUCGUUUGCCGUGUACGCUCCGUCUUCAUCGAGAACGCUUUCUGGUCAACACCCGCAUCGUAGAUUGUUCUUCUGGUUCUUGCUCCGGUCCAUCGACGAGAAGCGUUCGAGUCCCAUGGCAGAUGUCAUAAAAGUAGCAGACUCCAGUGAAAUGACACUUGAAACAGUGAGAGACUCCUUGAUAAGAGAAGAAGAUACAAUCAUAUUCUCUCUCAUUGAGAGAGCUAAAUACCCCAUUAAUGUCGGUGCUUACGAUAAAACCAAAACUGCAAUUCCUGAAUGCUCUGAUUCUUUAGUUGAGUUCAUCAUUAAGGAAACGGAAGCGGCUCAUGCUAAGUGCGGUCGGUAUGAAAACCCAGAAGAACAUCCUUUCUUCCCUGAUGACUUGCCAACCUCACUUGUGCCGGCUUUCAACUUUCCAAAGAUUUUGCAUCCUGCAGCUGCUUCAAUUAAUGUAAACAGUACUCUAUGGGAAGUAUAUUUUGCUCAACUACUUCCACUGAUUACUGUCCCUGGGGAUGAUGGCAACUAUGCCUCUACGGCUGUCAGUGAUCUUGCAUGUUUGCAGGCCCUCUCAAGAAGGAUCCAUUAUGGAAAAUUCGUGGCUGAGGUUAAAUUUAAGGAAUCUCCUCAAGAGUAUGAACCUGCAAUUCGUUCCCAGGAUAGAGAUGCUCUGAUGAAGUUGCUGACCUUUGAGAGCGUAGAGGAGAGGGUGAAGAGGAGGGUCGCCAAGAAGACAAUGUUGUUUGGGCAGGAGGUGAGCCUCAAUGACAAUUGCGAUGAGAAGAAGCUAAAGAUCGAUCCUGCCGUUGUUUCUCGCCUCUACGAAGAAUGGGUGAUGCCCUUGACCAAGCUAGUGGAGGUCGAGUACCUCCUACGCCGCCUAGAUUAGUGCAUACUCUGUACUGCAACUCCAUGUUAUGGAUCAACAUCGUACUUAUCUUCCUAUCUUUUGAUAUCAAAAUCAUGUGUAAGCAGGCGUGGUGGAGAAAGCAUAUAUUCGGAUCAUGACUAGAGAUCAUGUCUAUAAAAACGCACGGUUUACGUUUUGACAUUUUUGAAUGAAUAAAAAUCGGGUUCUUUUUUAUCCUGCA